AUGUCUGAAGAAAAGAUCUAUAUUUCUUACAACAAUAUCCACAAGCUUUGCCAAAAAAUCGCUAAGCAAAUUUUGGAAAGAGAAGAAAGGCCUGAUGUUAUUAUUGCUAUCACGGGUGGUGGUAUGAUACCUGCUAGAAUUAUUAGAUCAUUCUUGAAAGUUCAAGGUCAAAAGAAUAUACCUAUUCAAGCCAUUGGUUUAUCUCUCUACGAAGAUCUUGGAUUGGGUAACACCGCUGAUGUAAUCGGUAAGGAAGUGAUUAGAACUCAAUGGUUGGAUUUUGGUGCUCUAGACCAGCACUUCGACUCUUUGAUAGGUAAAAAAGUCCUAAUUGUUGAUGAAGUUGAUGACACAAGGACCACUUUACACUAUGCUGUGACUGAAUUGCAGAAAGAAGUUGAGGAACAACAAAAAAGAUUAAAUAGAUUGAAUGAAGAUACAAUCUUUUCUAUAUUUGUCCUUCAUAACAAGGAUAAGAAGAAAAGAGCGCAGCUUCCUGCAGAAAUGAUGGACUCAGGUAGAUAUUUGGCUGCAUUAACAGUUCCAGACAAAUGGUUAUGUUAUCCAUGGGAAGCGCAGGACAUUGAAGAACACACCAUACUUGCUAAACAACAAGGCAAUGACUGA